AUGGAGGUGCCGCUUUACGAAACGCGACAUCACGCUUCCAAUUACCCUCCUCAACACCAACACCAUCUGCAACAACAGGCAGCCGAGAGCGCCACUGCUACCUUGUUCUCCUUGCUUUCUUCUCGAGGUGUCAGCCAACUCAAGGACAAAUGGACCGAAUAUAAUCAACCGAAGAGACUCAAAAGAUUGGUGUCGCUGUUCGUUUCCUCCACAGCCAAGCACGUUGCAGUUGCCGCGGGAAAUCGGAUAACGAUUCUUAGUAAAGAGGAUGACUAUCAAAAUCCAUGCGCCAGUUUCACCAGUUCUAGCCUUGGUACGUUUAGUUUAGGAUCUUGGUCUGAAGAUGAGGAAGUUCUUGGAGUUGCUGACAACUCUGAUACACUCUAUUUUAUCAAAUUCAGUGGCGAAGUUGUUGCAGAAAUCUCGAAGAAACAUCUGAAAGUCUCUUCUCCAAUUGUUUCCCUGUUUUCUGAUAUCAAUUUGGAUACACGCGAGUCUUACUUGUUCACCGUUGUUACCUCGGAUGGCUCACUUCAGCAAAUUGAGAUCAGUCAUGGUCAGAGUGGCUCCAUCUUUCCCAAUUAUAUCUCUAAUCGCACGAGCCGUAUUUGCAACUCUAUUUUCUGCUUUGACCGCCAUAGUGAACUUAGCCUUUUGGUGGCUGUUCACAAGUACUCUGGUAUACAAAUCAAUGUAGCCUCUCUUUUACUUCUGACCGCUGGUCUGACAUUGGAAGAAACUCCCCUUUCUACAUGGUAUACAAUUAUGCUGGCAAUGUGGAUGGCUUUUGGAUAUUUGGUUCUGUUAUUGUCAUGGGCUAACCUUUCACCUGAUCCAUAUUUAAAGGUCAAUGGAUCUAGCCAUCUUUCUCUGUUUCGGAAGAAUUCAAGUACUGAACUGGAGCAGUUGUUCUCUUUGCAAUUUGAGGGGUUAUAUUUAAAGCCAAAAGAUUACAGAGGUCUACUGACAUAUGCAAAGGUGCUAAUUUCACCACAGGCUUCAUUCAUUGCUACUCUGGAUUUGACCGGGUGCUUGCAUAUUUUUAAGCUGGAUAAACAAGGCUUCACACUCUCCCGGUUUGUCUUGGGAGAGAGAGAUGAUUCACCAAUGUCUGAUAAUUUAUUGAAUGGAGUGAACAAAUCUUGUGUGGGUUUUAUGGAUUUUACUUGGUGGUGUGACCAUAUCCUUGCCAUUGUAAAUAGGAGUGGUGUGGUUAUGUUGAUUGACAUCCUUAAUGGUUCUAAAGCUCAAGAAGAGGAUCGUACAUAUUUUUUACCUGUUCUGGAAAGAGCACUGAAAUUUGAGGGCCAUGUUUUUGUUUUAGCGAGUCAAUCAUUGAAAGAAAGAGAUGAUCCUUCGCAUUUUGUAUCAACAGAAGAGUUGCAUCAGACAGAGUGGAUAAUUGAAGACAGGCUAAAUCAAUUGCACCUUUCUAGAUUGCUCUGGCAACUUGUUUCAUUUACUAAGAAGUCUGUCCCUGAAAUGUAUGCUAUACUGAUUAGCAAGAGAAAAUAUCAGGCUGCUCUGGAUUUUGCUGAUAAACAUGGAUUAGAUAAAGACAAAGUUCUGAAGUCACAGUGGUUGAAUUCUAGCCAUGGAGUAAAUGAAAUAAAAAGCUUUCUAUCAAAUAUUAAGGAUAAAGUUUUUGUACUUUCUGAAUGUGUUGAUAGAAUUGGACUGACAGAAGACGCCAUGAAGGCUUUGCUAGCUUAUGGUCUACGCAUUACUGACCAUCAUAGAUUCUCAGUAGCAGAUGAUGAUAAUUCUAGUAAAGUAUGGAAUAUUCGCCUAGCCAGACUUCAAAUUUUACAAUUUAGGGACAGGCUGGAAACAUAUCUUGGAAUAAACAUGGGCAGGUAG